AAUGCAAAGCAGCAGCCAGAGUCUGAGCCGAGAACUUCUGAGGAUAAUUGCAGUAAAGGAAGACAAAUGGAAGGACAGCAGGCUAUUGUAACCCACAGCUCGGAAGAAAUGGUGACAGAAGUCAGCAAAGAAGGACCCUCUGCCACAGCUGACUUGGAUUUAAGGCAGUUCUUGGCCCCCUCCUGCCACAAAGAGGAUGAAAACGACAGUGGGAGUUUGGGAGUGCUUAAUGAUACGUCAGGUGAUUUGCUGAGUGUGGUGAGCACAGAGAGCCGGGGGUGUUCCUCAGAAAGUCAAAAUACAGCUUUGUUGAGUAAAAAGGAAGAGGAGGGGCCAGCCUCUAUUGUAGACUCUGAAGCUGCAUCAGAUAAAAAUGCCUGCACACUGAGCCCAGCUCCUGGAAUAAACGGUGCUGCAAGCCUUCCAUCCUGUGGAAAUACAAAUGAGGAAACUGGAAUGACAUCCACUGGAGUUAUUCUGGAUCAAACCAGCCUGAGCAACAGAGAUAAUAACCAUCAGGAAGUGCAAAUUGCCGAAGAGUGCGCAACUGAAAGCCCUGUUACCACGGUUGAAACUGCAAGCAAACCUCGAACUUCCGGGGAGGGUGUCAAUGUGGCCAUGGGCCAGUCUGAAUGUAAGAACUGUGCGGGGACUAGAGAUGCCUCUCCAGUACAGCAGCAUGAAGAACAUGCGAGUGCUGAGGCGAGGGGUGCCAGAGCUGCAAGCAUGAGGGAAGUGCUCCCAGCCGGUGAGGAGCUGAUCUGUCCUGCUGAGCCCUUGCUUGGUGGCGUUAGUGAUGCUGCCUUUGAAGGUGUGGUCAUGCAGGUGAUGCAAGCACAGGACACUGCAAAUGCAAGGGCUGAUGCUAAUGUUCUCCCAAAUGGCUUUGGGGAGACUAGCAAGGAGGGUAUAACAGACUUGCAGGCUGAAACGGCAAUGAAUGGCUUCUCAGAUGACCCAGGUCAAGUUGCCCCUGUUGUGAAGGAGAGGCAGAGUGUGACUGCUGCUGGAGAGGAGCUUCAGGCAAUGAGUGAGAUAAAGCCUUCAGAGAAUGUAUUGAAGCAGGAUCUGGAUGUCCUGGAAGUUAACAAUAGCAAGAGCAGUGAGCAUGGGGUGCAGGCAGACAAUGGAAGCCUGGCUCUUGAGCUGAAUGAGCUGGAGUUGAGUGACCACGCACAUGACGGUCAUCCCAACGCUGAUGCCGAGCGGGGUGCCUUUGGCAGGCCUGAUGAAGUUGCUACCAAGUCUGCAUGUGACCACAAAGCCGGUGAGUUAGCAGCUGAAGUGGAGCAGAGCCUCAAAACACUCAUGGAGAUGUCGGGAACUGAAACUAUGAGCAGCAGAGGAACCUCAGACACUGCAGAUGGAGGCCAGGGGGCUGCUGGCAAUUGCCGUGCUGCUCAUCAAGCUGUUGAUCAAGACAAGCUAAGUGACAGCUUAAAUCCAGAGGCUGCUGCAGCUUGCAAAUGUGAGCCUGAUUCACACCUUCCACAUGAAGGAGGCUUGGUUUUGGCAGGAAAAGUGCCUCUGCAAAGCCAGGCACUGACUCCAGAAAGCACUUCAGAACUGGAGGGGGUCACUGCUGAAAUGGGACCACUUGCCUAUCCUGUAUUUAGGGAAGAUACACAGCAGGGCCAAGCAAUUAGUCAGGAGACAGGUGCUGCAGUGUCACCUUCUGGACAGGAGGCAUGCAUGCAUGAUAAUGAUCCUAAAUUAUCCUCGUGUGCCAAGGACACAGAGUCUAUACAGGAUAAUUUAAUAGGCACACCCUCUGCAAUUCAUAAUAAGGAAUCUAAACAAAACCAGGAAGUAGCAGGGACGGCAGUGGUUGCUGAACAGGGCAGUUCUGAACAUGGUACGGUAACCACAGAAACUAAUUUGCCCCCAGAUCUCGGAGAAAAGGAGAACUCCGCGUGCAGUCUCCUGCAGCCAGCUGAGAGAAACAGCCCUGAGCCCAAUCAGGAGCUGGACCAAAGUGGGGCAUUUGGCAGAGAAAGCGUCUUGUCCAAGGAACCUGGCGUUGCUGUUGUGAAAUCCUGUGCUUGCAAUCAGGGUGAGCAGCCUGCAGUGAGUGAUAGUACUGCAGACACUGGAUUGCAGGGAGAAAUCUCUUGUCAGGAGGCAACUGAGAAUGUGGCAGUGGAUGCAGGGGAAAGUAUCACACAAGAGACUGUACUGGAGGACAAAUCACAAGAUGCAAAGGAUGACUGGCCUUCCAGCACAACAUUGAACCAAGAAUGCGAUCUCAGCCCAGCUCUACAGGGAAGCUGUGCACGUGCAGAAUUAAAGGAGGCCUUGGGACUGAACACCACCUCUUCUGUUGCCUGUGAGAAUAUGGAACCACUAGAGGAGGCCCAGAGAUCUCCAGUAACAAGUUAUCCAAAAGACCAAGGGGAUAUGGACAAUGUACUUUCCAGGGUAUCACUUCAGCCCAUUGUGGAAGAAGCCACAUGUGAUAGUGACUCCAGCUCAGACACUGUCUGCUUGGCCAGUGAGAAUGAAGCUAGGUCAGAAGUGAAAGAGGCCCAAGAGACCUUGGCUGAGCUCAAGGAAGACGAAGAAGAGCAGAACAAAGCUAUAUUUGUAGCACCUCCUUCAUUGUGUUCAGAGAGUUUAAAUGCUGCCAAGCCAUUGGAAAAUGUGGGAGAAAAGAGUUUUGUUCCAGAGGGUGAUGGGUUUUCUCUAGAUGAAAUUACAGAAAGAGUAGAGGGCCCUGAUUCAGUCGUUUCUUCAGGGGAGGCACCCUGUUCACUUGAACCGCCAGUUAAGAAACCAGAAGAUGUACCUGUUGCAGAAGGAACGGAGAGCGAACCCCAAGCUGUGGUAAAUAUAGGAGUCAUGCUGGAUGGAGAAAUGGAUUUAAGUUUGCCAUUUAGUGACCUAACCAAGGGAGAUACAAGUCCAGGAGUGCUGGGAUCUAAGAUUGUUAUAGGAGCGGCGGAGAUGAAAACUGAAGACGAGCUGGAUUUUCUGAAGGACCUCAGAGAGAAUUCCCUUUCUGAAGGAAUGAUAAACCGUGAAAACUGGUGUCCAAUAGAGCCUUGUUCCGAUCCUUCGCUGCUGGAGUCUAAGCGGACUCGUAAAUCUACAGAAUGUGAACAUUUCCUGGAGGAUGGGCUGAGCGGAGUUUGCGCCUCAUCACAGGGUAUCCUUAAAAGAGAAUCCGGGAGCGAGUCUGAAUACUUCUCCUUGCCUGGUGAUGGGAUGGAUGACAUAGUCUUUGGAAAGCAGCCAGAAGAGGAGCAGUCUGCUUGCGAUAUCACCAGUUCCAGCUCUUCAGCAGAUGACACAGUGUCUUUAGAGAGGAACUCAUCCCUCGGAAGUGACAUUUCCCUUCCACACGUCUUAAGCUCCAUUAGGCAUAAGGACAGGCACAGUCUGGAUGGGAGCUGCAUCAAUAUGGCCAAUGCAGAGGGAAGGGACAGUGAACCUGCUGGCUCAGGCGAGACGGAAGAAGAGAUGGAUAGUAUCACAGAAGUGCCUGCCCAUUCCUCUGUCUUAAGAAACUCAAUGCGACCACUGUCACCCUUCCGACGGCACAGUUGGGGGCCAGGGAAAAAUGCUGCUAAUGAGGCAGAAAUAAAUCACAGGAGUUCAAUGCGAGUUCUGGGGGAUGGUAUAAGGAAGCCUCCCAUUCAUAGGAGAAGCUUGAGUUGGUGUCCUUCUGGCGUACAGUACAUUGCCACGGGUGCUGACUUUAAUUUUAGAAGUUACAGCCUCGAAGGCCUUGCGGGCGACUCUGACGAUAUCAAGAAGCCCCCCUCAAAUUUAGAAACUUCCUCCUUGAGUUCCAAAGACCUGAGACGUAGCCCACUCGCCAGCGAUGAGCAAGAGUCCUCAGUCCUGCUCACUGAAGAAGAACUUGAAUCUGAGCAUGGGGAACUCAGAGGGUUUGUUCAUCAGAUACACCAAAGAUCCCAGCCUCAUGGAUUUAAUUUCUGUAGUUCUGCCGUGUCUUCUCCACUGACCAAAUCCAUAUCGCUGAUGACAAUCAGUCAACCAGGACUGGACAGCACGCGAUCGUUCAGUGGCACCAGCAGUUCCCUGGCUCAGAGUAUCUCUGAAGAGAGCUGCAACUUCCCACCUAACAGCCCCUCUAGGAAAGAUUUAGAGUGGAAAAGUGGAACAAAAGUCAGCCGCACCUUCAGCUACCUCAAGAACAAGAUGUCCAGCAGCAAGAAGAGCAAAGAAAAAGAGAAAGAUAAGGAGAAGAUUAAAGAGAAAGACAAAGAUUCCAAGGAGAAAGAAAAAGACAAGAAGUUGCUAAAUGGACACCUCUUCAACACAACCCCUGUUGUGGGUCCAGUCACCUGUCACCACUGUAUGAAACCUUUCAACAAGGAUUCGUACCUCUGUGCAAACUGCAAUGCAAUUGUUCACAAAGGCUGCAAGGAGAGCCUGGCUUCAUGUGCAAAGGUCAAAAUGAAGCCACAAAAAGGAAUGCUGCAGGCACAUGAUACCUCAUCAUUACCUGCAGUAAUUAUGAGAAACAAACCCUCACAACCUAAGGAGCGCCCCCGCUCUGCAAUACUUGCCCCUGAUGAAAACACCGUCACCUCACUGUUCAAUAAUAGGAGAUCACAACAGAGCACAGCACUUUCAAAAAGCGUCUCAAUACAGAACAUUGCUGGAGUUGGCAGUGAGGAAAGCUUAAUAAAUAAUUGGAAAUACCUGUCGCAGUCAACAGACUCUUUACAUAAAAUCAGCCGAGUGAAUGAAUCCACAGAGUCACUCAUUGAUGAGGGUACAGACAUGAAUGAAGGACAGCUGAUGGGGGACUUUGAGUUAGAUUCCAAGCAGUUGGAGGCAGAGUCGUGGAGUCAAGUAGUGGACAACAAGUUUAUGCGUCAGCAAAAGAAAGAUGUUGUCAAACGGCAAGACGUCAUUUAUGAACUGAUGCAAACAGAGAUGCAUCACGUCCGAACGCUGAAGAUCAUGAGUGAUGUCUACAGCAGGGGAAUGAUGCAGGAACUGCAGUUUGAACAGCAAACGGUAGAAAAGGUCUUUCCUUGCCUGGAUGACUUGCUGAACAUCCACAACCAGUUCUUCCAGCGGAUUCUGGAGAGGAAGAAAGAGUCCCUGGCGGACAAAAGUGAAAAGAACUUUGUCAUCAAGAGGAUAGGAGAUAUCCUGGUGAAUCAGUUUUCUGGUGAGAAUGCCGAGAGAAUGAAGAAGACGUACGGCAAAUUCUGCGGGCACCACAAUGAGGCCGUGAAUUAUUUCAAAGACCUGCUCUCCAAGGAGAAGCGGUUUCAGGCAUUCAUCAAGAAAAAAAUGAGCAGUGCAGUGGUGAGGCGGCUUGGCAUUCCUGAGUGCAUCUUGUUAGUAACGCAGAGGAUCACAAAGUAUCCAGUACUACUGCAAAGAAUAUUAGAAUACACCAAAGAAAAUGAAGUGGAACACCAACACUUGACUCAGUCGUUAAACCUGGUCAAGGAUGUGAUUGCUGCUGUGAACAGCAAAGUCAGCAAUUAUGAAAAGAAAAUGCGUCUCAGUGAGAUCUACACCCGGGUGGACAGCAAGUCCAUCAUGAGGAUGAAGAGCGGCCAGAUGAUCGCCAAAGAGGACUUGAGGCGCCGAAAACUCAUCCGCGACGGGCCUGUCUCACUGAGGAAUGCAGCUGGGAGGUUGAAAGAAGUCCAGGCUGUCCUCCUCUCAGACAUCCUGAUCUUCCUUCAGGAGAAGGACCAGAAGUACGUCUUUGCCUCACUGGACACGAAAUCUACAGUAAUCUCUCUGAAAAAGCUCAUUGUACGAGAAGUGGCUCAUGACGAAAAAGGCUUAUUCCUCAUUUCCACGGGAGUGCCCAACCCAGAGAUGGUAGAAGUCCAUGCCAGCUCCAAGGAGGAGCGUAAUAGCUGGAUACAACUCAUUCAGGACACCAUUAACACCAUGGACAAGGAUGAAGAUGAAGGAGUUCCUAGUGAGUCUGAGGUGGAAAGGAAAGAGCUGGAUGCCAAAGCUAAAGAAUUAAAAGAACAGCUUCAGCAGAAAGAUCAGCAGAUCCUCACACUGCUGGAGGAGAAGGGGAAGAUUUUCAGGGAUAUGACCGACUGCAGUGUGCAGGAAGAUGGCUUGAUCUCCAGAGUGCUGUUCAGAGCCAACACUGAAGAGGCACCCAAGGGGGAGAGCAUUAUGAAAAGUGCAAUAAAUGAGGUUGAGUUGUUGCAAAGCAUGGUGAGCAGGAGUCUGGGGAGUGCGCUGGGACCACAGGUCAGCAGCCCUACCUCUGAGCAAGAAGGAGUCGGCCCCAUCUCCCUUCCAAGAAGAGCAGAAACCUUUGGAGGCUUUGACAGUCACCAGAUGAAUGCAUCCAAGUGUGGAGAGAAGGAUGAAGGCGAAGAUGCCCAGGAUCUUCGGAGGACAGAAUCCGACAGCAUUCUGAAGAAGGGUGGAAACGCUAAUUUCAUGUUCAUGUUGAAAAGAAAUAAUGAGGCUGUCGUGUUGCAGCAGGACACGUACAUUGAGGAUCAGAAGCUGGUUCUGAAUGAGAGAGCGCUGACACGGACCUUCUCCAGGCCGAACUCCUUGAUCGAGCAGGAGAAGCAGCGGAGCCUAGAGAAGCAACGCCUGGAGCUGGCCAACCUGCAGAAGCAGCAAGCCCAGUACCUGGCGGAGAAACAGAAGAGGGAGAAGGAAUGGGAGACACGGGAGAAGGAGCUAGUGGACCGGGAAAUGUGGCUGACCCAGAGAGAAGAGCAGGCUCAGAAGGGGCACCAAGAGCUGGAGAAGGAGAAGGAGGAGCUGCAGAAGAAGAAGUCGGCCUACCAGAUCGACCUGGAGAGGCUCCGUGCUGCACAGAAGCAAUUGGAGAGGGAGAAGGAGCAACUCCAGAGAGAAAUGGAGCAGUUGCAUCAUGCACAGUUGAAGCAGCCUGGCCACAAUCAGGUUUCAAAGCCGCACGAGAAAACUAUGAGGACCCCAUCCCUGUGCGCUGCUGAGGACCCCUCCAAACAGCAGAGCUCUUCCCUUUCCGAGCCAGGGCACUUUGAUUCAGAACUGUCUGUGUCACCCAAAAGGAACAGUCUCUCAAGGACAUCAAAAGAGAAAUGCACUUUCAGUUUGCAUAGCACAGCCAAUCAGACUAACAAGGCGGCUGAAGGGCAGCACCAGAUGCCUUCCCGCCUCUUUGGUUUAGGGCCAGCCAAGCCAAAGGACAAGAAGGAAAAGAAGAAAAAGGGCAAAAGCCAGCGCUCCCAACCUGCUGAUGCCCAUUCAUCAGAAGCACCACCGGAGGGCAAGGAAAUCUUCUGCUGAGUGUCUGCUCCUAAUUCUGCCGGGAUAAGGCUCCCUCUUCACUGUACUGUAUUAGAAACCAUGCAGGUGUCUGACAGGGCCAAAGCUUUCCUCACCCACUGACUGCUUUCAGCCAUUGUAUGGAGGAAAGCUCCCUGCCCCCACCCUGCAGCAGGUUCCCGGUUCCUGCAUCCACCAAGCUUGCCAGGCCAUGCAUUCAAUGAAGCUUGCAUCAAGGUUGCAAGAGGCGGGCACGGGGCUCUAGCCUUCGGUGUUGUAUGAAUCCUGGCUGCAGGGGCUGAGCACAUGGCAGACAGCAUCCACUCCCUAUGCAAACCUUGGUUUAAAAUGACCUGUGCAGAUAAUUCCCUGUUUCUCUUACUGGUCAAGGCUGAGAGAAGGUGGCCCAAGCAGUCUGUGCCUCUGCAUUCCCCUUUUCUGGGGAACAUAACCAAACCUUUCCCCUUUAGCAAAAGGUUAGGACUCUGCAGAUGGUGCGUACACACUGGCAUAUAUAGAUAUACUGUAUAUAUAUACAUAUAUGUAUCUGUGUAUCCACUGGGAUAUACAUAAAGUCUGUACAGACAAGCUGGGUUAGCUUAGCUGUGCCCAGGGAGAUAGAUGAAACCUGAUGACUUUCAGGGAGUGUGUAGAUAUUAAAUAUCUUGCCCUUACUGCUCAGUGUAGCUUCAUUGGCUUGCCCGCCCCUUUCACAUAUAUCAGACAUCUCGUGCUAUAUUUCAGGAAGGUACAAAACACCAGGCAGCAACGGCAGUGAGGGGUGGGGAAGGGAGAGGAACAACCUGCCCAAA